GUCUGUUGUCUGUUGUAUUGACCCCACUGAGCCUCAGAAGUCCUGGUGAGACAGCCGGAUGUGUUCACAGGUCAUUUCCUUUCACUGGAAAUAUGUGUUUCAACUUCCUAUUACAACAGAUAAACGCUCAAGAAAACGAGAUGUUUCUGCAUUUUCUCCGGUUCCUCCCUUCUUCACCAUGUCUCUGACCAUGUCCACCGCUGUCUCUCUCAUUGCUGUCAUCCUGGGGACUGUUGAUUGUUUGAGGCCAGAGCUGAGAGUGAAUCCUACAGUCAUCAGUGUGAGACAAUCUGUUCGUCUGAGCUGUGAGCCACCGCAGGGUCUUCAUGGAGCACAGAAUAAAUGCACAUUCAUGACAAACACAAGAGGUGUCAGUGAAGACUCAGACUGUGAGGUCUCCUUCACUGGGGCUGAACUGAUUAGACUGGGAAAUGACGGACCGGAGUCUGAGAUACUCAUCUAUUGUGUGUACAUACCGGACACUGGUGGCCCCUCCCUACACAGUGUUCCAGUAAAAGUCACAGUUACUGGUUUAGAGCCACAGCUGAGAGUGAAUCCUACAGUGAUCAGUGUGAGACAAUCUAUUCGUCUGAGCUGUGAGCCACCGCAGGGUCUUCAUGAACCACAGACUAAAUGCACAUUCCUGACACACGAAUACAGUCUCAUUAAAGACUCAGACUGUAACGUCUCCUUCACUGGGGCUGAACUGAUUAGACUGCGAGGUUUCAAACCUGAGUCUGAGAUACUCAUCUCUUGUGUGUACACACUGGACACUGGUGACCCCUCCCUACUCAGUGCUGCAGUGAAAGUCACAGUUACUGAGAAGGAACCAAUGCCACAUCCACCACCUGAUAAACCUCCAUCUGAACCUGAACUCGACCUCUUUUUGUGGCGCCACAUCCUCAGCGCACUGAUUAUCCUGCUAGCUCUGGUCUUCACUGUAGAACAUGUGCUCUUCACAAGGUCUCCGUCAGGGUCGCAGGGAGCCGGAGCCUAACCCGGAAACACAGG